UCCCAUAUCUUCAAGAACAUUCUUUGAUAUCUACCUCGGAACCUCCGAAUUCUGAUAAUUUUCAAGUUCUUUUUUUCUUUUUCAUUUUCUUUGCUGCUGCUAUUAAAUUACUUGGGGACUCGUUCUUCGUUUUUGGUAUUUGAGUGGAUGAAAUGGCAGCAGCAUCAGCAACUACUUUCUCAGUUGGUUCAGCUACAUCCUUUGGCUCUACAAAAUCACAAUCAAAGGCCUUUGUUGCGAAAUACAAUACCAGGAACUACCUUAGGAAUUUCAGUGGCCUCAAGGCAGAGGCAUUUGUACGAUGUGAAUCGGAGUCAUCAUUUUUGGGGAGGGAAAGUGCUGCAGCUCUUCGACAAUCCAUUCCUCCCAAGGCCCAAAUAGAAAAGCAGAGAUGCUUCAACCAUGUUCAGCCUCAAGCAUCUUAUAAAGUGGCUAUUCUGGGAGCUGCUGGUGGGAUAGGCCAGUCUCUAGCACUGCUGAUUAAGAUGUCACCGCUAGUUUCAUCAUUGCACCUCUACGAUAUUGCAAAUGUCAAGGGAGUUGCCGCAGAUCUCAGACAUUGCAACACUCCCGCACAGGUUUUUGACUUUACGGGAGCUUCUGAAUUGGCCAAUUGCUUGAAAGGUGUAGAUGUAGUUGUCAUACCAGCUGGCGUUCCCAGAAAGCCUGGUAUGACAAGGGACGACUUGUUCAACAUUAAUGCCAAUAUUGUGAAAGGCUUAGUUGAGGCUGUUGCCGACAACUGCCCAGAUGCCUUUAUCCACGUUAUCAGCAAUCCAGUCAACUCCACAGUGCCGAUUGCUGCUGAGAUUCUUAAGCAAAAGGGUGUUUACGAUCCUAAAAAACUCUUUGGUGUUACGACCCUAGACGUUGUCAGGGCAAACACAUUCAUCGCUCAGAAGAAAAACCUGAGACUCAUAGAUGUUGAUGUCCCAGUGGUUGGUGGACAUGCCGGGAUAACAAUUCUGCCUUUGCUGUCAAAGACAAAGCCGUCAACUACUUUUACUGACGAAGAAGUGCAGGAACUAACGGUGAGGAUCCAAAAUGCCAGGACAGAGGUUGUUGAGGCAAAGGCUGGAGCAGGAUCUGCAACACUGUCAAUGGCAUAUGCAGCGGCUAGAUUUGUUGAGUCCUCUCUUCGUGCCAUCCAUGGUGAUGCUGAUGUUUACGAGUGUACUUAUGUUGAAUCUAACUUGACAGAACUUCCAUUCUUUGCGUCGAGAGUUAAACUAGGAAGAAAUGGCGUUGAGGCUUUGAUUUCGUUUGAUCUCAAAGGAUUAACCGAGUAUGAACAAAAAGCUUUGGAAGCUUUAAAGCCAGAGUUGAAAGCUAGCAUUGAGAAGGGGAUAGCUUAUGCUAAAAAAGAAACAGUGACUGCUUAGAAUGUUAGUACUAUAUAUCAUGAAGAAUGACAAGAUAUUUUUAGAUUGUUAUAAGGGAAGAUUCUCGGCAUGACAGUUUUGUAUGAUUCAAUUAUUAGGUCCAUUCUUUUUUUUUUUUUUUUUUUUUUUUUUUUUUUUUUUUUUUUUUUGGGUCUGAACUAGUGUAAGCUGUGUUGUAUUUGCUAUGGAAGAAUGCACCAGCAUUCCCAGUUUUGUUGGGUUAA